UAGAAGUCUGGCUUUAGCCUAAGAGUAAUAGAAGAGUCUUGUUUUGAGACUUUUUUUCUUAUCCUCGUCAUGGAGACUUACCCUUCUUUCUUCAUGGUUUAAAACCCUUUGUGGGUGUUCGCGUUAAUCUGUUUCCCCCUGCUCCUUUUAUGUGAACCUGUUUUGUCUUCUUCCAUGUCAUGUUGAUCAGUCGGUCUAGUUUAAUAGUUCGGAGUUAACUCAUGUGGAGGAUCCUGAAAGUUUGUAAAACAGAUUUGGAGGGGAGUCCUGCUUUGGCUGUGUCUAUUCUCGAAAGAGGUUGCAAUGGCAGGUCAAGGUAGCGAGUCUAAUGCCUACCCAGGAAAGUUUUAUUUCGGCUGUGGUCCCAAUGCCAUAAAUCAUCUGUGCAAUCAGAAUGUAGAUUCGGAUGAUCUUUCGUUGGAAGAAAUGCAAUCUGAUCAGAUGAACACUGCCUCUUCAGCUAAUGUGAGCCUGCGCGAUAGUCAGCUCGCCAAUGGACCGUCAGCUACACUGGCGGCUAAUUCCAGUGCUCUCCCUCACAACAUAGACUUGAAUGCUGCAUAUCAAGGCAAUGACAUCGGUGACAGUCAGGAAAUAGGAGGAUCGGACACUGAAAAAAAUGCGCCUGCAAGUGAUUCAUCUAAUUCUAAUACAAAUAUGAUCUCUUCUGGAAUUGCCGGGUAUGUGUUGGACGAAGACGAGGGUGGAGAAGAUUCUGACUCAGGUGGUAGGCGUAUAUCCUGCAAAAGAAGAGCUCCCGAAGAUGCUGGACAACUGUCUCUGGGUGAAAGUUCGAGAUCAGUGAAGCAAGGAGAUAGUUUUCAACAGCCAGCUGUUAUUAAUCAAGAAAAUGCUCCUGGAAGAUCCGCCGUGAAUAAUCACCCAAAUGCUGGUUAUCCAGGACAGCUUGGAGAUAGACUUGUGGUUGGUGUCGGAGCACCUCCUGCCCCUUGUCAACCUUCAAGUGCUGCAGGAAGUGGACUUGGAACUGAAGCUGGAACAAGUUCUGAAAUGCACCAGAAUUCAAGUAUGGUUAGACAAGCUGAGAACUCCCAGCGAAAUAUCCGUUUGAGAAGUUCUGAAAGUCAAUCAGAUUCUGUGCCUGAUAACCUGUCUGCUUGGACCACAAGGAAUCCUCAUGUGCAAUCACCUGGCCAACUACCUGUGUUUUAUCAAUUCAAUCACCUUCCAAGUUCAAACACAGCUGCAGAAGCGGGAAUGGUUAGUGUACCUUCUCCAAUACAGCCUUUUAUGGGCACUCCCAAUUCUUCGCAGACACUACAGACCUUCCAGUGGAAUGAUGUCACCAGGGCAACAACCGGUGAGCCAUCUACUUCCUCUAUGAAUGGAGGCAAUGCCUUGCAUCAGGAUCUGAACUUCAUGAAUGAUCCGAAGAAUGGAACGCUUCCUCCUGAAUUUCAAAGGGCAAAUUUGCCGAAUAUGUCAGCAAACCUUCACUUUGCAAAUGGGAGAGAUUUUCCAGGAAACAUAUCUCCCAUUCCCCAAAAUGGCUCAAGUUCACACCAACCAUCUGCCCCCACUUUGUUUCCCCAACGCAACAUGUUAGAACACUAUCCUGGCAGAAUGCCUGACCUUGCCAAUCGCACUGAGCCUGGGGGACCAGUUUGUUACAGGCCAUUUCAUUUGGGUGCUUCACCUGCUGCAGAAGAGAGGGAAUUAUCAGAGGGGAGUGGUAAUAUAAGGCCUUCUCAAAUGCCACUUGGGCAAGGCUUGGCAAUGACUGCCAACACAGAAACUGCCACUCGUGAAAUGACACUCUGGGCUUUGAUUUCUGUUCAGAGGAGAAACAGACUGGCAACUGAGGAUGUUAUGUUAAUUGACCGUUCAGCUUUCUUCGGUGACUCUGAUGACGACGAGCCUGAUGAACAUGAAGAUAUGCGUCUUGAUGUGGACAAUAUGUCCUAUGAGCAACUGCUGGCUCUGGAGGAGCGAAUGGGGAAUGUUUCCACUGGAUUAAGUGAGGAUGCUAUUGUGGCAAAUCUGAAGCGGUGGAAGUAUCAAACAGUUGCAGGAGGAUCUAGCAGUGAAGAUGAACCAUGCUGCAUCUGUCAGGAGGAAUAUGCUGAUGAAGAUGAUCUGGGAAAGCUGAAAUGUGGGCAUGACUUUCACUUCAACUGCAUUAAGAAGUGGCUCGUUCAGAAGAAUAAUUGUCCCAUCUGCAAAAAGCCAGCCGUGGAUGUUUGAGAUCGCCAGUCUCGGCUGUGGACAAUCGUCCUUGCCCAUGGACGAUUGUUCUCACUCAUUCGCUGACAUCUUCCUUUUCUUAUAGAACUGUUAUCAAUUACUGCAACAAGCAGGCUCAUGAGAUGCCCCAGUGACUCAUGCUUUACUCUUGUGGUAUUUUAUUUGAGUUUAUCGUACAUGUUCCUCAGGCCUGGUCCUCAGACCUGAGUUGACAGGGCACACACUCCUGAUACAAGAAGGUGCAGUAUAGCAUCCGAUUUUCAAGUGUCUCAUUUCCAAUUCGAUUAGCUGCUUGUUCAUGGAUGCUGGAAGCAGCAUUUUGAGACCUUUUUUUGGCAUAUCAGGUUAUAAAUACACAAAUGGAACUCAGCCAUGAAGAACUGAGCAUCGCUAUGGCUCCAUUUUGAAAGUUUUAAAGUUCACAGAUUCAAAUACUGGAAUGAAAACAUUAAUUUAAACUGUUUCUCAUUGAGCUUGUAGCUCAGCAGCUCAAGUAGCUCUGACAUACUCUGUUUUUUAAGGUCUCAAAUUUGAACCUUUUCUUUAGUU